UUUAGUUCGCCGCCGCUCGCCUUAGCGUGCGCACGUGUUGUGUCCUCAAUGGAACGAGGUAGUCGCAUGUUUGUGCUAACCCAGUGAAGUGUUAUGGAGGAGGUGCGAGUGGCCGACUGGCCCGAGCCGCCCGGCGCGAAUGCAUGGCUCCCGGCUUACGGUUUCCAGCAUGAGAUUGACAAAGACGACUAUUUCGGCUCCAAUGGCGACAAUGGCAGCAACCACGCACUGUACCUCGAAACAAUAGUAGAAGAGACGAGCGAUGACCUCCGUUCCGAGCGGUCAUCUGCAGCUACAUGGCUUUCCGAUUCGGACGCGGAUUCGGUCAUACACGUGCGGGGAAAUGCUGGGUCAGAGUGCGACAGCGAAUCGGAGCGCGAGUGGGCCUGUCCGGCGAAGCGGCGGCGGCGCGAGCGAGCCUCCUCACCCACCAGCACCGGCUCGCUGUCACGCUCGUCCAGCCUCGCCCAGUUCGAGUCCCUCGAACGCUCCUGCGCGGCGCCGGCGUCGCCCAGUCUGUCCCCGGAUUCCCUAGAGUCUCCCGUCGCUUCACCGCCACCUGCCCACCUACCACCCGCGCCGCGACCGCAUCUCUCCGCCGAGAACUUGAGUGAGGACAGCGGGUACAGCGAGCGCGCUCGGCGCCCGCCCCCGCUGCGUCGGCAGCCCGAAAUAGCGCCGGGCGCUGCCGGCUCGGCGCCCAACCUCGCCUCGCCCAGUGCAGAGCGCCGCCCAGCCCGCGCUGCGCGCGCUCUCUCCCUCCCCGCCGAGCUCGACGUGUGCGCCGAGCCGCGCCGGCACGCCACCGCGCACCGCGCGCGUUUCCGACAAACCUUCGAGGUCACCGAGAGCCUCACCGUCAGCGUGGCAGACCUCACCGCGCUAGACUACCGCGGCGGCCCGCGCCGUCCGCGUCUGCCUCCACCGCCGCCGCCGCCGCGCGUACAUCCUCCACCACCUCCCCCUGUCUACAUAGCUCGACAGCCCUCUCCUCCCGUGCGAGAACCCAGCGCUGCCAGCGAUGAUACCACGGAAUCCGAGAUCGCGUUCGCGCGCGAGAUGGAAGCCACCGCGCGGAGACUCGACGAGGCCGCGAAACGCGCGCUCGAAGAUACGGGCAACUACGACCGGGAACUAUCCGUGCUGACUGCGAAGAGGUUGCGGGACUCGUGGGGUGCGUGGGACGACGUGUUGGACGAGUUGCGGCGGCGGAUGGAGCCGUCACCGACGCGGUCGCCGUCGCCGCGCGCGCCAGCGUUUUCAUCGACGCCGCUGCGCUCCGGCGACGCACGGGUGCGCUCGACGCCCGAGCUGCGCGCGCGCGAAGCACCGCGAGAGACGCCCGAAGAGCUACGCGCGUCACUGCAACUAGUGGCGCCGGCGCCGGCUGCGCCGCCCGCGCGUUCAAUUUCCGCCGGUUCCAAAGGCGUAACGUUUUCGCCGGUGGUCGCAGAAGUCAGCUGGCGCGAGGCGAGCGCCUCAUCCACAAGCGAGAGCGUAUCAACCACGAGCGCGAGCGACGACGCGGCGGACGCGGAGGUGAUAGUGGUGGGGGACGAGGCGCCGCGCGCGCCGCUCUCAGACCGCUGCGUUGCGAUGACGGACGCGGGCGCGCGCGCUCCGCGCAGUCGCAUAGCGGGCUUUUUGUCCCGCUUCGCGAACUUCCGUUUCUCGGGACGCAAGGAGAAGAAGACUCGCGCAGGCGCGAACGGACGGGGUGCUCCGAGCCCGGCAGACGCGGGGCAGGGACCGCGCGCGGCGGCCGGGCCGCAAUAUGUCCGUAUCCCGUUGAAGGAGGAGGUGUCGCGCGCGGCGGGACCCCCGGCGGGCGGUGUGGCGCACAAGCCUCCGCGGGCGCGCCCGCCGCCCGCUCCAGGAGUGCUGGAGACGGACGUGGACACGCAGCGCACGGUGCUGCACGCGCGCUCGCUGCUGGCGCUGGCCCCACCCGACCAGCGCGCGCCGCGCCCCCACAAGUCCAUGGAAUUCCUUCUCGACAAGGAGAGCGCACAGACCAUACAGCCUCCAGAGAACGAAUUGCAGAAGAAUUCGGACCGCGUUCUGUCGGAGCACGAACUGCGGGUCCAGAGGUCGUUGCAGAAACUCAAUGUGCCAGAAUGGUACAAGAACGCCCCGGCGCCCCGCGAGGGAUUCCUGCUGCGCAAGCGGCUGUCUGACGCGUCCAGCGCGCGCUGGAGCGGCCUCAGCUCGAAGACCACUUCAUUGGGCAGUCUUGGGGCCUCCGCCCCUCCACCCCCGCAGCUGUCCCCGCACACCACCAGCUUCGGAAGGUGGUCGACUAGCAGACUCAACUCUAACCAAACGUCUCCGUGUUCGUCAACCCGCAGCAGUAUCCGCGGCACCAGCCCGCUGUGCUCGCCGUCUACCCGCUCGUCGUUCAGCGCGCGACAACCGUACCUCGGCUGGAGGAGCCAGGAGCGACUGAACACCCCACGUACCCCACACGAGAGGCUAGCCUCCUCGCUCCUCCAGCAAGCCGCGGCCACCAAGGCCUCAGAAGAGAUCCAGUCGUCCAUCAAGGAGGUCACGUCGGCCAUUGUCCACUACGUGUCUGGCCUGGAGCCGGCCAACGGCGACGCGGACAAGUCCCCGCGAUCCAGCCAGAAGCUGUUCUGGCUUGAGAGCUCCUUUGUUGGUACGAAGCCUCUGGACUCCCCUCAGACACCGCUGGUAGUGUCCGAGGCGCUGCCCCCGCCGCACCCCCGCCCGCCGUCGUCGCUCCGCCUCGACCACCGCGCCGCGCCUGACUGGCAGGACUCGCAAAGGUCCCUCGUGACCAUCGGGCGGCCAUCGCCAGGGUCGACCACGCUGGAGGACGUGCUGGACAGCCUGCUGGGCUUGCCGUCGCAGCCAGCGAGGAUACCCACCCCGCAGCCGAGUCCCAGGAAGGCUCAUAGCCCAUAUUACUUGAUGGGUGGAAAGAGCCCCCGCUACGAGCAGCUAGCGAGCAGCGGGCACAGCAGCGCCUCCCCCGCCUCCCGCUUCGUCAGCACGCCCAGCGAGGCGCCCAGCUCGUUCACCGACCCCAGCCCCGACCCCGACCGACCAGGCAAGAAUUCAGUUGAUACCCCCGCAGCGAUGCACGUGCGUUCGCGUUCGGCGAUGGGCGAGCUUCGCCGCAGGAGUGAGCCCUUCGCGUGCCCUAGCGCGUCGCUCGACCGCCGCACCAGCCUCGACGCUCUCCGGCCCGCAGCGGUGGAACUGCAGUCCACGCACCACGAGUCCCGCGCCUCGCUCGCCUCUAUACUCACAGAGAACAGUGCCGAAGAACCCGUCGUCAAGUGCAAAUACCCCAAAUGCGGCUCAAAAGCACCUUUAGCAGACGCGAAACGACACUACAAGACUUGUCACAACUGCUCUACCAUGUACUGCUCUAAAGAGUGCCGGAGAGCGCAUUGGGAGAAGCAUAGAAAGCUGUGUCUACACUCGCGAGCGAGCGCGCUGUGCAGGCAGAUCAUAUCAGCGGCAAAGGAGGACGAGGACUCCCGCAACCAAAUAAGCAAUGCCGGUCAUAAAGGAUACCUAGCCCAGGGACGCGGCGUCGUCAAAGUGUUCUUCACGAGCACCGACGCCGCCGAGAAGUUCGUCACCCACGGCUACCAAUACUUGACCGAGCCGGAAUUCGUGAAAUGGUCGUCGCUGCAGCCGAACGAGAUGGGCGUCGAACUAUACACGGAAGUGGGGAGGUUAUGCAAAGCGUACAACCCCGAAACCAGGGUGAUAUUAUACGUUGCCGUUUGCAUUAUUAGCGAGGUACCGACUAAAGGCGCCGUUAAAUGGGAACGGCAGAUGGUGUCGCGCUGCGCGAAGCUCCGUCUCAGCAAGUCCGUCACCGCCUCUAUCCAAGAACAGAAUCGACGGCGCUACAGGAGGGACAGCAAGACCGCGCCGGAGGACAGAGAGACUCUCAUCCUUACAUCGAAAUUGGAAGUCGCCGGGGAGAAGAACGCGGCUACCGCUCACAAAUUCCGAGAGAUUUGUUUCAAUAAUAUUCUUCUAGAACUAGAAAAACGUGGAGUGACCUUAAAGAAGCACUUCCCUGAAGUGUAUUCGAGGUUAGCGGCGUACGUGGACGGCACAAGCGAUAGGUUCAUACCGAUGACUUUUUACCCCAGAGACGCUACGAGUGGAAAGACGUUUAUGUGCAUAGUCAUGCCGGAUACUGAUGUUGAAGCCACUACGCCGGUCGACGGGAAAGUGACAACUAUUGACGUCGGGAUCGACCGUUCAAAGCACCAGCUAUCAACACCUAUGUAAAGCUAUGUCCACAACUUGUAAACAUGGAUACAUUUAGCCAAUUUUACUAUAC